AUGGCCAGUCUCGCAGAUGAACUCCUAAGUGAUCUACAGGACGAGGCGUCGCAACCCACGGAAAAAACCCAGCUCGCAGACACUACGACAGGACCGGCCCCUGUGCAAGAUGUAGGAACAUCGUCGCUUGCCAGCGCCUUGGAUCUCGAAUUGGACGAGGCAUCAGCAACACACGAUGCGCACGGGGCAAGCACACCACCAGAGGCCAUGGACACCGAGCAGGUCAAUGCGAUGGAUAUGCGGGCACAGAACGUUGAGAGCGCCCGCUCCGUCUCCAAACUGCACGGCAACCCUGCGUUGGAGGAACUGUUGCAGUCCAUCGACAAGCAUACUGCGCAACCAUUACCGCCCGUAGCUGGGGCACUCGAAAGCACAGGCGAAUACCAGCUGAUUCUGCGCGCGAACAAUAUGGCCGUAGAAGUGGACAACGAAAUCCUUGUCCUGCACAAAUUCAUUCGGCAACGCUAUGCGCCACGCUUCCCCGAGUUGGAGACGUUGGUGUUGGACCCAUGGGACUUUAUUCGCGCAGUGCGUGCGCUAGGCAAUGGCCAGACCUUGGAGAGAAAGGGACUAGAAGGGAUCGUCCCUGCUGGCACCAUUGUCGUCAUUAGUAUGACAGCCUCCACGACGACAGGCAAGCCACUGCCGGCGGUGGAGUGGUCGCGCAUUCUGGAGGCGUGUGAUAUGGUACAAUACCUCGAAGAGACACGGCAUAAAAUCUUGUCGUACGUGGAGUCACGCAUGACUUUGCUAGCCCCCAACUUGUCCGCUCUGGUCGGCACACGUGUGGCGACGAAAAUGGUAGGCGUAGCUGGCGGCUUGGCCGCCUUUGCGAAGAUUCCUGCGUGCAAUGUGCACCUAUUGGGCGCCUCGAAGAAGCAGGAUCUGGGUCUUUCGUCGAUUCAUGGCAAUGAUACACGAUACUCUGGCUACCUGGCCCAGUGCGACUUGGUCAUGCAAACGCCGGAAGACUACCGGAAGCAGGCGCUGCGCAUGGUCGCUGCCAAGGCGUCGCUUGCUGCGCGUAUGGAUGUGGGUGGAUCGAGCAGCACACGGUCUGGUCACUAUGGCUCGUCACUGCAUGAAGAGAUUGCCCGCAAAAUCGAUAAACUCAUGGAGCCACCACCUGCGAAGCUCGUCAAAGCGUUGCCAGUCCCCAGUGAGGGGGGGCGCAAACAGCGGCGCGGUGGUCGACGAGCCCGAAAAUUCCGUGAAAUGUACGGUCAAACGGAGCUACAAAAGAUGCAGAACCGAGUCGAGUUUGGCAAGGAAGAAGCCGAGGCGGGUGCGUUUGACGAGACUGUAGGUCUCGGUAUGAUCGGCUCGCAAGCGACUGGCAAGAUCCGCGCAGCGAUGGCGAGUGCCUCAUCCAAGGCACGCAUGUCCAAGGCCAACAAGGAGCGCUUGGCUACGCUUAAUCGGCCUACCCUGUCCUUGCAGUCUACCUCACCUGGCAUGGCAUCAACAAGUGGUACUGCGUCGUCGCUCUCAUUCACGCCUGUCCAAGGCAUUGAGUUGGUCGAUCCGUCGCGCCAGAAAAAGGUGGAUGAGGCCAAAUCUAAGUGGUUCCGGGAAGGCCAGUUCUCGCUGGUGCCACAGGACACGAAAACGUCGAUGCUGCCACCACCACCACCAUCUCGCUCGCAAACCUAA